UUGAUUAACGGGAGUCUCUUCGUGCGUGGACUAUUUCGUGGUAUUUCAAGGAAUUUUGUAGGUUUUCGAGCGUUGAAUGCCAGAGGAACCAUGGUAGGCAGUAAUCAGGUUCUUGAAAGGGUUGAGAAAAGAGCUCUUGAGGCGGAAGAGAUGGUAGAAUUGCUAAAACAACACAUCGAUUGUCUACAAAAAGCAGUUGAUAAGGAGGAAUCAUCCAGUUCUCAGGGUCAGGUGGAUUCACUAAGAAGAGAAAACGAGAGACUGAAAGAGGAGGCUGCAAAGCUGAAAAAAGAACUUGUUUAUUGGGAAGUCAGAAAUGGAGUAAAACAGGUGUCAUUACCAAAAAGUAUUGCAUCGUCUGCGGCUGGUUCUACAGCAGCAGCAGCAGCAGCAGCAGCCCCUGUGUCUCUACAAGCUGCACAGACAGAAGCAAAACCAGAAGAAAAACCUAAACAACAAAAAAAGAAGGCAGAGAAAAAGCAAAAAACAGAAAGUGCUUCAAAGCAGCAAGCUAAAAAAGAAGAGGCAAAACUUGAUGCUUCAAGGUUUAAUUUUCUAGUUGGUAAAAUCUUAUCUGUCAAAAAGCACCCUGAAGCUGAUUCUCUCUUUGUUGAAGAAAUUGAUGUUGGAGAGCAAAACCCAAGGACAAUAUGUAGUGGACUUGUGGGUCAUAUUCCAAUGGAGAAGCUGCAAGAUGCAAUGGUUGUUGUGAUGGCAAAUCUAAAGCCAGUGAAGAUGCGUGGUAUUUUCUCCCAGGGAAUGGUGAUGUGUGCUAAGUCAACAGAGCAUUGGUCAGUGGUCAUGCCACCAAAUGGUGCUGUUCCUGGAGAUAAGGUUGUGUUUGAUGCUUAUCCAGGAACACCUGAUGAACAGUUAAAUCCAAAGAAGAAGGUUUGGGAACAGUGCGCUCCUGAUUUCACAACUAAUGCAGAAGGUAUACCAACCUUUAAAGGUGAUCCAUUCAUGGUACCRGGCAAAGGAGUCUGCACAGCUGGUGGAAUCGAAAAUGGAGUUGUUCGAUAAUUCAAGGAAUAUUAUCAAUUAAUAUUGUCAAAAUGUAAAAAACAUAGACUGAGUUUUCUUAACUCAUUAAAUCUUUCACUGGUUAGUUUA